GCGGAGUUUGCGCUCUCUGGUCGCAUGAUAGGGCGGAACUCAUGGCGGGUUCACGCCCUCGGCCCACGCCCCUCUGAAGAGGAAACACCUAGGCCUCAUCAGUGCAGCCAGCAUUUAAGCCAGGGAGUGGCUUCUACUCAUCGCUGGAUCGUUGUGUGUGACUCGCAUCCCCUGGACCCGACCCUGCAUUCCCCGAGUGGAUUCCUGUUUUUUUUUUGUGAGUGUUUGGAGAGAGACUGGUCACAUUAGGAGAGAGUCAGAAGAGGAGCAAGUGUCUUUUCCCUACCUGGAUUUCCCCGGAGCCUUUUUCCCUGUCACCGCUUUGUAUAUAGCACUACCCCUGCACUAUUUGUAUAUACAGCUGGUGGAACUGUAAUAAAUACCAACUGUGCCUCUGAGUCCUGCGUGUGAGUCCUCAAGCGAACCCUGACAGAAUUAAAUUACAGCACACUAUAACUGUAGUUUUUGCUUAGGAUUGUAACCCGAGUGAUGCAUAAAUUGUUAACGACACAAGACACACAACCUGAGGGGUAGAAUUACCCGGGGCAUAGUACAGGCCCCUUUCAUUUCACAGGCCCUGUUCUUACCAGGCACAUCACAGCCUGAUGUUUGUGAGUGGGAACCGUUUCAAAAAGGACACGUUUUAAAGACAGGCCAUAAUGUCGAUACUGUCAUUUGAGUCCCUCUGCUUAAAAGACGAUGACAACUGUCCAUCCCCAACUGAUCUCGACAGCUUUGGCGAUGAGUUUGACAAAGACUUGGAAUCAGAUGGAAAUAAGAUCAAUAAGGAGAUGGACACUGCUGAGGUGUACAUGCAGGCCUGCAAGCUGGUAGGUGUGGUGCCGGUCUCUUACUUUAUUCGAAACCUUGACUCUCCAGCUGUGACACUCUCCCACCAUGGGCUCGGACCUUUGGGAUGCAAGGCACUUGCUAUUGCUUUAGUGACUGAUACGCAAAUAAGCGCCCUGGCACUGGCAGACAAUUCAAUUCAAGCUGAGGGAGCCAAAUACCUCAUGGAGACGUUGAGGGCUAAUUUCACCAUUCAGCACCUGGAUAUAUCCCACAACCAUCUGAAAUCUGCUGGAGCUGAGUAUGUGGCUAAAAUGUUGCUGGACAGCAUUUCGUUAAAAUCUGUGAAGCUUUCAGGGAAUGGAUUUACUGAUGAUGAUGCUAAAUAUUUUGCAGAUGCUCUGUCAACCAAUUCCAGGAUAAAGGUACUGGAUCUGAGCCAUAAUGAGUUUUGUGGAAAAGGAGGGGAGCAUUUGGGACAGCUGCUGGCAAACAAUGAGGGCCUGGAGGUGCUGGACCUCAGCUGGAAUCAUCUCAGAAUGAAAGGGGCUGUGGCUUUUUGUGCUGGGUUAAAAGUGAAUAUGAUGUUAAAGCACCUUGACUUAUCGUGGAACGGUUUUGGGAACGAAGGUGCUCUGGCAAUGGGAGAAGCCCUCAAAUUCAACACCACUCUGGUGCAUCUCAACCUCAACAAUAACCGCCUGACCAAUGAAGGUGUCAGCAUGCUGUGCAGGGGUCUUGAAUUCAAUGACACACUCAGAGUCCUGACGUUGGCUUAUAACUCUUUGACAGUAGAGGGCGCACUGGCUCUAGUCAACGUGGUGAAGAACUCACCUAAAACUGCCUUGGAGGAGAUCAACAUAUGUAAUGUGCUGGUAAAUGAGCACUUUGUGCAUCUAUUGGAGGUGACGUGUCAGGAGCAUCCUGGUCUGGAUGUACAGUAUGGAGGCGUAGGAGGCUUCAUGGCUAAGAAGCCACCAAAACGUGUUGAUCCAAUGAAAGUCAUUCAGGAUUAUCUGGACCAACGGAAACUGCGGCUGUGGGAUUUCUUUCGAAACAUCGAUAAAGAUGGCAUCAUGAGAGUGUCUGUUACUGACUUCAGGAAAGCAGUUCAGCAAUCAAGCAUUCCCUUGGACCGAUACCAGAUUGAGGAGCUGAUUCAGAGACUUGAUCGGGACAGGACAGGAAUGGUGGACUACAGGGGACUGGCAGAUACAAGGAAACAAAUGAUGAGGGAUCACCGCCGCCAGCUUAGGAAAUUUGAGUCCCGUCAGAAGAAAGAGAAGCAGAAGAGUGACCGCAUUCUCAAAACCUUCCAAAGUGCCGUGGAGGCGGUGACACCUCGCAGCUCCAUGGUCAUGUCUCCGGGAGGUGCCAAAGAAGACUCGAGUGGCCCUCAAUACUUUUCCGCCACCCCUCUCAGCUCUUGGCACCACAUUGUCAUGUCCAACAGCAGCCGCUACUCUGUCACUAACAUGAGCAACAUCCACCUGCCCAUGUUAAGAGGCGCCACGCCUUACCGUCCCACCAGCUCCUCCGGGAUGCGCUCGUACUCCCAGCCAAACCUGUCGGCCGAUUCCCCUCGCUCUGCUCCAGACAAGUCCAUCUCUGCUCAGGGCGUUCGCUCUGAUCCAGAGAUGAGCCACAGCAAGCUAAGCCCCACUGCUAACAGCCUGACGAGAUCCAGGCCCGCUCUUAAUGUAAAGCAGUCAGAGGGUAAAAGUAAAGUCAAAGCCAAGAAAGUGAAGAAAAAGAAACCGAAGAAGAAUGCAGACAAGGCUUCAAAGAACCCUGCAGUAACGGUCAAGUGACAUGAACUCUGUAUGAUGCUGUAUUGUGUGGUAUAUUAUAUCUGUUGUGAGUUUUUCCCUUGGUUACUAUGUCAUGCAAUAUUUUUAAAUGAAUAAAUAACAAAUUUGAUUAUCAGUCUUAUUUAAAAAUAUUUAUUUAUUGCUUUAAUAAGUUAUCAGCAGUCAUGUCUUCGCCACCUUGCAGUUAAUGACAGUGAGUGGGAUGGGCCUUCUUCAGAAACAUAAUAUUUCAUCAUGGUAUUCGGGAAUGUUGUUCUC